ACUCAUGCCAGACCUUGGGAUGCAGAGAAAUCAGGGCUAAUGAACCAUCUAGGGACAGGCCAUGGGGGUUCAAUUUUGUACCAAAGGCAAUUUAAUUUUAAUUGUAAUUGAGGAUGUUGACGAAACCAUUGAAUGGAAGAUAUUGCAGAAGAAGAAAGAGCAGAAAACCAAGGAAAAACAUAGAAUAAGAACAAACGCAGCCAUAAAGAUCCAGGCCUGGUGGCGGGGCACCCUGGUGCGCAGGACACUGCUGCAUGCGGCCCUCAGGGCCUGGAUAAUUCAGUGCUGGUGGCGGAUGACGCUGUUGAGGGUGCUGGAGAAGAAACGGCAGGCAGCUCUGAUCGCCUACGCAACCAGAGAGAGGGCAGUGAUCAAGCUCCAGUCUUUGGUCCGCAUGUGGCGCAUCCACUGGCGAUACUGCCAGGUGCUCAACGCCAUCUAUGUCAUCCAGGGCCACUGGCAAUGCCACAACUGCCAGACCUGUGCUCUCCUCCGGGGCCACUGUGUGGUCACAGCCACUCACCUGCAGUUUCACAUUGAGAUAAUCAAUUCCUAAGGGCUGGCAGGAAGGGCACUGUGUCUACUGUCCUUAUUAAAGAUCUAACCUGGUCUUAUGUGUCUCACGGGGUCCCCCAGCUAAUGGGAAUCUUGAGACUUGAACCUUGCUGCCUCCUCUUCCUCCUGGCAAAGAAUUUCAGUGAGGUUUGCCCCUGUGUCCAUGGAACCUGUUUUGGGCUGGUAAUGGCUUUAGGAAGCUCCAGUCUGCCCUGAUGUAUGACAGAGCUAGAAAUUCCAUUCCCGUCCCCAGCCUUAUUUUGUUCUCACUGAGGGAUCUGGGAGGCAAUUGGGCUGCAUAUUCCUGGAGAUUCUGGGCACUUCUGCAUAUAUGGAUGGAUUAUUGGGCUCUGCCCUGUCAAUCUAGAAUCAAGGUCAGCUGGGGUCUGGGAUGCCUCAGUUUCCUUUUAGGCAAGCACCUAGAUGGAAGAAUAGCAAUAUUUGGCUGAUUCUCCUGGGAGCAAUGCAAUGCAGCCCCAGGUGAAGAAUAAGAGGCUGGCCUUAGUGGUAGUGGGGCUGGGGCUAGGCAUGUUAAUGAUUAGGUGGUGACCCUGAGGACUAGCGGAAAACAGAAGCUCACAGAAGCUCAUCUCUUUCUCUACAAUUCCCUCACCAGAACUCCUCUCCCCAAGGGCCAUGUGACAAACAGGGCUCCCUCUGAUAUUACCUCCACCCUUACUCUUAUCUCAAUUAUUGGUGAUUUUAUCAUUGGUCAAGAUGAUCCUACAAUCUCCUCCAUUCUAACCUCAAAUAAACCUUUUCUGCUCUCCUCCUCAGCUAUUCACUCCCACAGUCAUACCAAAACAGUGCUGUUCUAUAGAACUUCUGUGAUGAUGGCAAUCUUCUCUAUGCUGUCCAACAUAGUAGCCACUAGCCACCUAUGGGUGUGGUGCACCUGAAAUGUGCCUAGUACAACUGAGGAAUUGAACUUUUGAUUUUAUUUAAUUUAAAUUUAAAUAGUCAUUGGACAAUGAGGCUGUAGACCUCAUCAUCACCAAUAAUUGUAAUAUUAUUCAAAUUGUUUUUCUAGUUUUCCAUUCUUUGAUUACUUUCUUCUUUCCUUUCAGUUCACCUUUUCAAUAACCCCAAUAGAAUAUUUCUUUAGAUGUGAUAAGGUUUUCCAGUUUAUUGACCCUAUUAAUUUUUUUACGGCCACCACCCUUGACAUGCUCUCGCACGUUUCUUUACCUAGUGCAGAUUCUGUGGUUAAUUAUGAUCAUCUUUCCCCGGCACUACCUGACUCCCUGGGCCCACUCUUUUUCUGCAAACAUGUAUGAGAUGAAGCCAACCAUCUCCCUGUCCUGUGCCUACACAAUCAGGGAGCAUGGCUGGGACAAAACCAACAACCAUGAGGCACGGACUUAAUUUAUAUUUCUGACCACAUAUCUCAACUGGACUGAUUUCCCAAUAAAUUUCUCUAGGAUAUUUGCAUUUAUAUUUUCUGAGUUGAAUAAUUUACACCACCCCCUCUCCAAAUGUUAUUUAGGUUGGAAUAAUUUGUGUCAGAAAUGAAACCUGAAAAAGAACACUAUUGGAAGGGAUUGACGAUUCUUGGCACUGGUCUGCAGGACCCACUUGAGCCCUUUGAGCUCUUUGCUUCCAAGGCUCACCUUUUCUGCCCUGCUGAGUCUUCCCUCAGGCUGAGCCUCCCUAUUUUUUGUACUAUUUGAUAUUACUUGGGAUCUGGUCUGGAUCACACAACCUUAAUAAAGGACCAUACAUCUCUCUCUGGAUGA